UUUAGUUUAAAAGUACGUUUAUAACUCUUGAACGUUAUUCACAUAAUAACGUAAAAGAUGCCAAUUUCUUUUGACUUGAAGUUAAUAACAUAAUUAUGUCUGAAGUUAUGUCUGAAGAUUGUGAGAAGACUCCGCAAUAUAUAUCAGCAGCUUGUAUAUCUGUAGGUGCCUUCGGAAUGGGUACUGCAAUUGGAUGGACCUCGAACAUAACACAAGACCUCAAGGAAGGUGAAUUGAACGAAAUCGACAUGACUGAUGUAGAAAUUGCCUGGAUAGGUGCCAUGAUGACUCUUGGAGCAAUAUUAAUGUGCAUCGCAGUAGGAUGGAUCGUAGAUAUGAUAGGCAGAAAAUCAACAGUAUUAUAUAGCAUAUUUCCGUUUUUCAUUGGUUGGCUGCUUAUUACUUGCAGUUCCGAAAUUACCCUAACGUAUAUAGGAAGAUUUCUGGUGGGGAUAGCUGGUGGGAGCUUUUGUGUCAUAGUUCCUUUAUAUACUAGUGAAAUUGCACAUGAAAGCAUUAGAGGAGCACUGGGAACGUUUUUCCAGCUUUCUAUAACUAUUGGAAUAUUUUAUUGUGGCGUGUGCGGAUUCACUUUACCGCUGAUCGGGUUUAACAUCAGUUGCUGCGUUAUUCCACUUUUUUUUGGAGCAGCUUUUUAUUUUCAACCAGAAACACCAACAUUCAGCCUAAAGCAAGGACAUAUAGAAAAAGCGGAAGAGGCAUUCAGAAGAUUGCGAGGUGAAAGUUACGAUUUUUCUGAAGAAAUGAAACAAAUAUUAUCUAAUAUUGAACGUGAACAGCAUUUUUGGAAAACUUUUGAAAAAAAAUCAACGAAAAGAGCUUUGAUAAUAUGCUUCAUGUUGAUGUUUUAUCAACAACUGAGCGGAAUCAAUGCCAUUAUGUUUUACUCUCAAGAGAUAUUUUACAUUUCUGGAUCAGAGAUGAGAGAUUCUCAUUGCGUCAUGCUGCUACAAUCCAUACAAGUGAUCGCCACGCUUUUGUCUACUCUCACCGUAGACUGGUUUGGAAGAAGAAUCCUUCUUUUAACCUCUUCUGGAUUUAUGGCCUUUUCCACAACCAUGAUUGGUGUGUAUUUCUCUUUAAAACGAACUGGAAUUCUCAGUGAACAUACUGCUUUCAGCUUCGUUCCUGUAAUGUCUUUAAACAUAUUCAUCAUUGCUUAUUCGUUCGGUUUUGGACCCAUACCAUGGAUGAUACCAUCGGAAAUGUUCACUCCAGAGAUAAAAACCAAAUGUAGCGCGAUGGCUGCCACUUUUAACUGGACUUUGGCUUUCUUGGUGACGAAAUUUUAUUUUCCGAUAUCGGAAGGUAUCGGUACUGACAGUUCUUUUUAUAUAUUCAGUUUUAUCUCAGCUACUGCUAUAGUGUUUGUUUAUUUUGUUAUGCCGGAAACACGUGGAAAAACGUUCGCUCAAAUUCAAAUUGAGUUAGCAAAGUAAUAUAAUAUAUCUUGUGCUUUA